AUGUCCGACGGUUCCUCUACCAUCCUGCCGCUCGAGCUUGUGGACCGCUGCAUCGGCAGCAGUAUCUGGGUUGUGAUGAAGAGCCAGCGCGAGUUUGUGGGGACACUGCUUGGGUUUGAUGACUACGUCAACAUGGUCUUGGAAAAUGGCACGCCGGAUGGAUACAAAAAGACAAAACUGUCCAAGACGCUCUUGAAUGGAAACAAUAUUUGCGCUCUCGUCCCUGGCAGCCAAGGCCCCGAGGCGUAA